AUGUCUACACAAUCAACAUUAUCAAAAUUCACUCUUAAAGCUUUUUACGAUGACACCGCGAUAGAAAACUGGACGUGUGCACGUAUUAUGGAAUAUUAUCGUUCGAAAUCGGAACAAAAAAAUAGGAAAAAAGUUCUGGACCGUAUAAAAAAAGAUAUUGAAGAGGUGGAAGAAUCUGAUUCGUUCGAUAUAAGGAAAAAAAGAAAAGCUCGAGAAAUUCUCGACAACUGGAAAAACUGGACCAACAUACGAAAGAACAUGAAGCGUUCCAGUGACGUGAACAUCGGACGUCUACAGGUUAAGAAGAUGAAAAAUUUUGCAUCCGGAAGCGCGACCCAGGUUGUUGAAAGUAGUAAUAUAACGUUCGGAAGACAUCAAGAAACAACAAGUACCGAGGGGACUUCAUCUCGGGAAGGAGAACCUUCGACUGGGAUGAGACUUAGGGAAAAAGAGAAACAAGAGAAACUUAAAAAGAUCGAAACGAAUAAAGAAAUGGAAGUAAGAAGUUCUAGCCCUCCAGCCAAAAGUUUCAGCAGUACUCAGUCAAGUAUUCCACGACAAACACCGGAUUUGGUAACAGAUACAGACAGUGAUGAAAUUGAGCAAGUGCAGAUGUCAGAAGAGGAUUUUAAUAAGUUCACGAAAGCAUUCCAAAAACUUGAAGAUAGCAAAAAAUGGGUACUAACAUCUGGAAAGGUUGUUGAAGAUGAGCUAUACAAGUUUGGCAUGAGAUGUAAUUAUGAACAAAGUUUUGUUGAAGAAAAUGUUUUUACCCUAUCUGAACUCAAGGAAAUCCAUACAUACAGAUCAAAACCACUUCCAAAUAUUCCCCAAGAUUUAACGCGGGUUUUUAUGCAAGAGCCAUGGCAAUCAGCUUACAACCGACAGAAGAAUUUUGACCAGGACUGGAUAAGGAAUACUGUUGACAAUCUGAUUCGUGAAUAUGAAGCAGACAGUCUAAAAAAAGGGGUUCAUUUAGAAGGAUGGUUGCUGUCACAUGUAUGGUUGUUCAUAGACAAGGUGUUUGAAGACAUAGAUGUUGAAGUAAUAAGGGGAGAAUUUUGUAGUAUUGUAUCAUCAUCUCGAAAAAAUAGAGAUCGAAAUGUUCCAUCUGUGAGCUCGAUGCCAAGGGAGAUCAUGGGCAGAUGGGGAGAUUUGAUAAUUCGUUGCAUGUGUAGGGAAUAUGGAUGUGGAGAAGCAGGCAAACUGUACACAGGCUAUAAUGGUACAAAAAUUCUACGAGAGAGAGGGUUGAAAACACCAAAGAUAAUGAAGGAUCAAUUUGAUGAAUUAUGCAUUCACAUAGAAUCAAAAGAAAAAAAAGUCAGAAAGAUUGAGACUAUUGGAUUCAUUUAUGCAGGACUUUCCAUACUAUUGCUCAGAUUAGAUUCUCCUGCAGGAUAUGUUAGUAGAAUCUCUCGUUCUAAAAUGCUGACCAUCCCAUCAAAUAUUAGUGAGUUUGGCAAAGGAGUUCUUCCGGCCAUUGUACUUGCGUGGAAGGCAAAAGUUUGUGUCUUAUUAUUAUAG